AUGGGUGGGCAUCAACAACUAUCAAUUUGUUUCUUGGCAGUUUACAUUCUCCUCUCCAUCACAGCAUUUGCUGGGAAUUCUCUCAUCCUUGUUGCCCUUUAUAAAGAAUCUUCCCUACAUCCGCCGUCCAAACUCCUGUAUCGUUGUCUGGCAACCACUGAUCUGUUGGUUGGUCUUGUUGCCCAGCCUCUCUAUGCUACAUAUUGGAUGUCCGUGUUUCAAGAACAUUGGAGCCGUUGUCGAUACGCCAGGGACGCAGGCUACGUCACAAGCUAUGUAUUGAUUUUAGUGUCUUUGAUGACGAUGACGGCCAUAAGCGUGGACAGACUUCUCGCCCUGUUGUUGGGGCUGAGAUACAAACAAAUUGUAACUUUGAAGCGCACGUAUAUCAUUGUAACUACCUUUUGGGUUUUUAACAUUGUCGCCUCUUUAUGUGGAAUUUUUUAUCCUAGUAUAAUCUAUUUGUACAGCUGCCUAGUUUCACCAUUUUGCCUGGUAAUAUCCUUCGCAUCGUACACAAAGAUUUUUUGCACUCUCAGAAAUCAUCAAGCACAAGUAGGAGAUCAACAACGGACGAGCCAAACAAAUGCACUGAACAUGGCACGAUUCAGAAAGGCAGUGGACAGUGCACUGUGGGUGCAGUUAGCAUUAGUUGUUUGUUAUGCGCCAAUGUAUACAGUGGAAAUUGUGGUCACUCGCACUAACAAAUGCUCAUUACUCUUAGUCGUCGUACGGAAAGUAGCAAUUAUUUUACUUUACUUUAAUUCGACUUUAAACCCGUUCCUAUACUGCUGGAAGAUUAGUGCAGUGAGACAAGCAGUGAAGCGGACACUGAAAGAAGCUCUUUGCUAAAAUAGGUCUUUCUUGAGUUGUUCAUCAGACUUUCAAAGCAGGCUUAUAAAGUCACGAUUAUUAUUAGAGAGCAGUCGUUAAAUAAGUUAUUGGAUAAAACCAAAUAAGUGGCUCAACGAAACAGUUGCGCAAGCUGUUAUCGAUAGUCUUUAUAUCUCCGUGAACAAUUUAACGACGGACUUAGUAGCCCCAGCUAUGUGUUUUCAAAAAUAAGGUUUCUUGUCGCUGUGCUAAAAGACAAGAUGUCAUAACGCAAGAAAAUAUAUGCAAACAUUUUACUGUCAAGGUUUCUACUCUUAGCAAUAAGAAGGCAUCAGAUAAAACUUCAAAGAGUAGUUUGAGAGAUGUGUUUGAGGCCGAUGUUGCGUGUUACGAUAAAAAUAUCUCAAAUAGUUUUCCUAUAAUUAAAAGAAAGCGCUUGACGUUGAUGUUGACGCCAUAUUGCCAAAAGAGACGGUCCAGCUUCAGUCUUGAAUUUGCUUUGUUAUCAGAAAAAUAUCCGUAAAGCUCAUGAGAAGAAGUCUUUGUUACUUGUAUAUUUAACUGAAAGUUACGAAAGUAAAUGGAAUAAAAUUGACCAUCUCUGUUUGUUACAGAACUUUUUUACAGAUCGAUUGAUGUUCUGAAAUUAUAUUGGCAACAGCGAAAAACAAGUUUCGCAUCAUUUGCAUAGAGGUCCAGUUUGUCGCUUAUGUAUCUUUAGGUUGCCUCUGAGUUUUACGGAUUUUAUUUCCUCCAUUUCCAAGUGAUUAACUGCUGUCCCUAAGUUCUACAAUUUUUUUUUAUUGAGUCGUUUUCAAAGCUUUGUAUAAGCUCACACUUUCCUUCAAUAUCAUACCAUCUAAUUAUCGCCCAAAGAACGACAUGUUUAUUUCACCCAUUAAAGAAGUGACAAAAUGGAUCUUUUAGGACAUAGGAGGCCCAUAUCGUAUUGUAAAACAAAAAACAUAGCCCAUGUCUUUGUGUUUGUCAAGGGAAUUCACUUUCAGUGCUAAUUUGAAAUUAAACUAAAACUUUGUUUACUGAAAUCAACAGCUGGUUGCGACGCACAUGUUCUUGUUUAAUUAUCAGGGUACUGAAUUAUCAUAGAGGAUCAGAAAGAAAAUUCCUUGGGAAAGAACCCUUGUCAAGGGAGGGAUUGACGCAUCUUCAGCGAUUAAGUUUUUCGUCUGAUUUUUCUGUCAGCUAAUCCUCCGUUGGUAAAUGAAAUGACUAAUUUGAAGCCGGAAUAAAAUAUUGAAUCUAUAGAGAGUAAUUAUUUUGCAAAAACCAAAUUUUUUCCAACCUAAAACGAGGCGGUGAAUCUGUGGUGGUUAACUUAUUUUUCCUAAUCUUUGACAGGGUAUUUUUAACAGUUGUUUCGUGUGUCACUGUGCGGUCAUCAAAUAUACGAUAAACGCAGGAAGUUUGGAGAGCUUGAAAGGUAGGCGGAAGUUACUUAACACGCAACCAAGAGUGAUUGUAGGUUCAUAAAUAAUAAAUGUUGUUUAUGUAGGUUUAACAAGGUGUAGUUAAGGAGGAGAACAAAUAGAGAACGUAAAAGAAACAGCGAAAAAUUGUUUCAGAAAGUAAUUUCCUGCUUUUCUUCUGUUUUGUUUCUCGUUUUGUCGGUACCCGAUGGAACUCUGGGAUUAAAAGAUACCAAGCGCGUUAGGCCAUCAUGGCUGGUGCAAAACAAUGGUUUCCCCGCCUCCUUUAUUUUCAGUUAACGCCUAUUUUUCUUAUCUUGUUGACCAAAGGGAUGAAGAAAGGAAAUGACAUCAUGGAGCGAAAUAGGCAAAUUAGACAAAACAGUUUCUGUUAAAAAAAUCAUCAUAACUUUCCUGACGAAAGUGAAAAAGCUGGUAGAGAACGAGUUUGAAAAAUCGAUGGCGCGCGGCAUAACAUCUUGGUACGGUUUUGUUAUUAAUAUCAGUCCGGGGACGAAAAACGGACAGGAAAAACCUGUCAUUACAAAUUGAUUCAAACAUUUAAAAAUACGUUUACAUAUGUGACCAAAAUUUAAAUUUGAAUUGUUUGAUGCAUUCGCAGAUUGUCUCAAAUCGCACUUUUCUAUGACCAAAUAAAAUCGCCAGCUUGAAAUUUUUAUUCCUAAUUUUUCAUGGCUACUAAUGAUACAAGUCUGAACUUCAUACGAAUAAUAUGGACACCAGGUUAGCACCCUAUCAGUAACAGUUUAUCUAGAUAAAAGGAGAUUGUUCGUCAUUCUUAUAAAAGAAUGAUACCACAGAUGUCUCUCCAUUUUCUACUUGUUGCCAUUUCAUACCUGAGAUGCUUCAAAGGUUCAAUUUUUGGACACAACAAACAAUUUUCUGACGUAUUUUAAACGAGUAAACACUGAUGAAGAAUUCUCAGUGUGUAUAAAUAUCAUUAAUUGAAGUAUGAGGUGUAAUUGAUCGUGGCUGGAUGUGGGCUGUUUAGACGACAUAUUACUCGUUGCAAUCUUAGAUAACCUACAACAAAUUUCACAAGAGUUGAAACACAGACGAAAACAAUUGAAGAACUGCUAUGCUCUCCUCUUUGUUGGUUGAUCUUCAACCAGAAUCAGUUUCAUACCUGAGGCAUCCCACAGCUGCAAAUUUCUGACGCAUUUUAAAUGAUUAAACGCGAGGGAGGAAGUCUUUAUGAAAGGUUUCAGUUAUCAUAGUUCGGUGUGUCCUGUUUAGACGAAAUAUUUCUCGUCGCAAGAACAGAGGAAACGAGUGCAGAAUUAUGUCGACAACAAAUUUCACCAGAGGUGGAACAAAGACAAAAACAUUUGAAGAACUGGUAUGCUCCCCCUCUUUGAUCAUGGAUGGGCUUCAAUCAGCAUCAGUUUCUUUCGCAGCAGUCAACAUUUUCCUCGCGGUCACAGCAUUUCUUGGUAAUUCUCUCAUCCUUAUUGCCCUUCACAAGGAAUCUUCCCUUCAUCCGCCGUCCAAACUCUUGUUACGCUGUCUGGCAACAACUGACCUGUUGGUUGGUCUUGUUGCUCAGCCUCUCCAUGUUAUUACAUUGAUGUCCGCGGUUCACGAACACUGGAGCCUUUGUGAUUACGCAAGAGAAGCAUCUUACAUUACAGGCGUAGCAUUAUGUGGAGUUUCUUUGCUGACGAUGGCGGUAAUAAGCGUGGACAGGCUUCUUGCCCUGUUGUUGGGGCUGAGAUACAAAGAGAUUGUAACUUUGAAGCGUAUUUAUAUCACUAUAGCAAGCUUUUGGGUUUUAUGUCUUGUCGCCUCUUUAUGCAUCAUUUUCGAUCAGCGUAUAACCAAUUUGUUUAUCUUGAUAUCGGUACCACUUUCGUUGCUUAUUUCACUCGCCUCGUACACAAAGAUAUUUCGCACUCUUAGACAUCAUCAGGCACAAGUUCAACAACAGCCGAGCCAACCAAAUGCACUGAACAUGGCGCGAUACAGAAAAGCAGUGCACAGUGCACUGUGGGUACAGUCAGUAUUAGUUAUUUGUUAUGCACCAUGCCCUUUUGUGGUAUUUGUAAUCACUUCUAGUACAACACAUUCAUCAACCUCAGUCGUCGCAAGGGAAAUAGCAGCUAUCCUUAUUUACUUUAACUCGACGUUAAACCCGUUUCUCUAUUGCUGGAAGAUUAGUGAGGUGAGACGAGCAAUGAAGCAGACAAUCAGACAAGCACUUUGCUGUCCAUGGAGUUAGACCAUCCUCGAGUU